AUGGCAUCAGAAUCGAUCCAUGACCAUCUGCAAGCCGUGCUUGGCCCCAUCGCCUACGAGCAACGCAGCGCCCUCUGCACAUCUGUCCUCCCCACCAUCAUAUCUGCGCUUGCCGACAUCAGCAAGGCCCUCCGUGCUGCCCACUCCGUCGUCGCUGUCGGGAGCACAAACACGUUUGGCGAUGAGCAGCUCAACGUCGACGUGGCAGCCGAAGAACUAGUCCGUGCCGCUCUUGCGCGCUGCCCCUCGGUCGUGACGGCCAGCAGCGAAGAGGACCCCAUCGAGCGCUCCGUCGACCACUCCGUCGCCGUGCCCAAGCAGCGCCGCGAAGUCUACUCGGCCGCGUUUGACCCGCUGGACGGCAGCUCCAUCAUCGGGCCCGGCUGGGCGGUCGGCACCAUCAUUGGCCUCUGGGACGGUCCCUCGGCGCUGCGCCAGGCGCCGCGCGAGAAGCAGGUCGCGUCCAUCCUUGCCAGCUACGGCUCGCGCAACACGGCGCUCGUGGCCCUCCGCAUCCCCGGUACGACGGCGCCCGCUGUCUGUUUCGAGGUCGGGCUGGGCGACGACAGCAGCACGCCCGCCGCCCUGACGCGCACAGAGGUCCGCUACGCGACCGAGGCCGCCAAGACGCGGUACUUUGCGCCGGCCAACCUGCGCGCGGCGUCCGAGUCGCCGGCGUACAUGGCGCUCGUGCAGCACUAUAUCACGGAGCGAUAUACGCUGCGCUACAGCGGAGGCCUGGUGCCGGACGUGGUGCAUGGCCUGUCCAAGGGCCACGGCUUGUACGUCUCGCCCGUGACGGCGGGCAGCAAGGCCAAGCUGCGUAGGCUCUUCGAGCUGUGCCCCGUGGCGAUGGUGGUGGAGUGCGCCGGCGGCAAGGCGGUUGACGCCGCGGACGGAUCGGAUGUCCUGGGCAGAGCGGUGGAGGAUAUCAACGAGACGGGUGCGCUGGCGUGCGGAAAUGCGGCCGAGGUCGACUUUGCCAUGCAAAAGUUGCUGGCUUAA